GCAGGGUGUCGAUUCAAGCUACAGCGAGACCACAGGCAUUUUCCAUUUCUGUGUAUUUACAGGGGUGAAUCUGACGUACACAGUUUGAAAUAAGUCCAGUGAAAAUAGUUCCAUUGAUGCUCAGAGCAUUUUCCACUGUGAAAAAAGUCAAUUGACCUUCUCCACAGACUUCAUUUAAAAACAAAACAAAGCCAUUGCGUUUCACUGAAACACUUUAGGAAAAAGAGGAACUUGUGUCGAGAGGCAAAGGGUACAUGCAUCUUUGUACAAGAGAAGAUUGAUUAAUUGAAAAAGAUGUAGCAUUUUGGAUUUAGUUUCUUGGAAAAGUAAACUCUAUUACUUCCAAAAAAAGAGUGUAUUUUCAUAUGAAAAACACAGACACCUUCUCAGACAAACUCAAACAAGGGACAUAUUUUUUUAUGACUAUAGAAACCCACAAGAAACAAGUGUGGGAGGAAAAAAAGAAAGAAAGAAAAGAUUUUAGAUCACGUGGCCACCACGUCAUUCUCAGAAUAUGCUGGCUGGGUGUAGCCAAUAAAAAUACAACAACCUCUCCACUGAAACCUAAUGACUUGCUCUGCUCGCCUAUAUCCACGCAACAUGCAUCAAUCUCAGAGAAUGAGACUUUAGAUGGUCUUGGCAGACUGAGUUACUGAAAAUAAACAGAAGACGCCAGCCGAAAGUGAAAAUGGAAGCCAUAAACAAAAUGGAGUCUGAAGGAAGAAACCACAUGGAGAGAGCAGACGUCAUCAUGCACUACGUAUACAAACGUAAAACAAGCAAAAGUCUAGCCCCCCUUGUGGUUCUUGAGAGAGCAGCGACAGGAAGUGAGAAGGGGAAAAAGUACAUUUGAGUAGCAGCAAAGGGAUUCAACUUCUAACUGAAUGACACUGAAGAGGAACAUUGACAAAAGAAAAUGAACAUGCACCUGCAUGAAAGAGGAUAUGAUAGAGUAGCAGGGUCUUAUCUGAUCUCACUGACCAGUUUAAUGGGUUUAUUCGUGUCAAAUGCAGAGAACUUGGCCAUGAAUUGGCACAUCGAAAUAACAUCCAUGUCCCAGACAACUGGUGAAGAAAUGGAAGGAGCAAAAACAGUAAAACUGUGUGAAAAAUCAUGAAGAAUCAGUCUCAAGUAACAGAAAACAGUAGAGAAGACCAGCUAUAGCUGAGGACAACAGCAGAGAGAGAGAGAGGACUGUUUGCAUACAUCUAUCUUACGCUGAGGAGCGGGUGACGUCAAAUGACUUGGGGGAUGAGCAAGUAAAGAAAGUCUACACAGCCUCAGUCGUUGGAAGCUAAUGAGAAUUGAUUGGUGAUUGUUGUUAAACCUCUACACUGAGUGAGAAAGAUCUCGACGUGAGCAUUCUGGUAAUGAAAACAACACAGGAAGUCAACAAUCACCGUGAGUGAGCCAUCAACCCUUCAACCUGAACCAAGAGAGUGCGUUUCUAAAAAGCACUUUUUGACUAUUUGUGUCCAAAUGCCAACACACCAUCGAGUGAGAAACAAAGAGUCUCUUAGCAGUGGUUAUUAUUGAUGUGGGAUUUUUACCUGGCAACAACUCCUUGAUACCCCAUCGUAAAUGACAACUUGGGGCUAGAGUUCAACUGCAGGCUCAAAAUGACAGCUUGUAACUUUUGACACAGACAGACACCAGACCAGACAAUGACAUGGAGGAGCGCGCGUACAUGGACUAUCCCGUUGUGUUUUAUAGCAACGUCACAGAGCAGUUGAAUGGCUCCUCAGCCACCUCUGGGCUGGCAGGAGAGGAACCUGACCCCUACCAGCAUUACACCAUCAGCGUCUUCCUCUCCUGCCUCUACACAAUCUUCCUUUUCCCCGUGGGCUUCAUCGGGAACGUCCUCAUCCUGGCCGUCAACCUGAGCCACAGGGGCCGCAUGACCGCCCCCGACCUUUACUUUGUCAACCUGGCGGCUGCCGACUUGGUCCUGGUGGCUGACUCCCUGAUCGAGGUGUUCAACCUUAGCGAGCACUACUAUGACAUGGCUGCCCUGUGCACCUUCAUGGCCCUGUUCCUGCAGGUCAACAUGUACAGCAGCGUCUUCUUCCUGACCUGGAUGAGCUUUGACCGGUUUGUGGUGCUGGCGGGCUCAAUGAGUCUGGGCAGAAGCAUGCCCCGGGCCCGUCUGACCUGCUGCCUGAUCUGGGUGACCUCCGCCCUGCUCACCCUGCUGCCCUUCACCGUGGCCCAGGUGCAGCACGUUGGGGAGCUCCACUUCUGCUUUGCGAACGUAUCCCAGAUCCAGUGGCUGGAGGUUACGCUGGGCUUCCUGCUUCCCUUCUGCGUGCUGGGCCUCUGCUACUGGAGGAUCGCCCUGGUUCUGGUGAGCGCUCAAAGGGAGCACAGUGGGCUGCAGCGGCGGCCACAGAAGCGGAAGGCUUUGAGGAUGAUUUCUGCGGCCGUGUUGGUGUUCUUUGCCUGCUGGUUACCGCAGAACAUGUUUGUCAGUGUGCACCUGCUUAGAGGCGAUGUGGAUGAAACGCUGUGGCAUGACUACCCUCUGACGGCCCACAUGGUCAACCUGGCUGCCUUUUCCAACAGCUGUCUCAACCCCCUGGUAUACAGCUUCCUGGGGGAGACCUUCCAGGACAAGCUAAGGAGCUUCAUCAAGGAAAACAUCAGCUGGGCCAAGUUAGACAGCUCCUGCUGGAGUAGCUAGCCCCUCUAGCCUACCCACUGCAAGCUCCUGCCCCCAUCCCAUACUUAAAAGUACAAGUCCCACCACACAACCUCUCCAACGCUCCUGCUGCCUCUACAAACCAGCCAUCCAUCCUUCAAAUCAAAACUCACCAACAUACGUGUGCCCUGGACAGCUAAGUGGUGCGUCUAAUUUCAAUCACUUUCUGACCUCACUCCUUUUGACUUAAAUCUUUCCAUAGAUAGUUUUGUGUAUAUAUAAUGUAUGUGGACACCCCUUCAAAUGAGUGGAUUCGGCUAUUUCAGCCACACUGUUGCUGACAGGUCUAUAAAGUCAGGCACACCGCCACGCAAUCUCCACAGACAAACAUAGCUUUACUGAAGAGCCCAGUGACUUUCAAUGUGGCACAGUCAUAGGAUGCCACCUUUCCAACAAGUCAGUUGGUCAAAUGUUUGUCCUGCUAGAGCUGCCCCGGUCAACUGUACGUGCUGUUAUUGUGAAGUGGAAACGUCUAGGAGCAACAACGGCUCAGCCGCUCACAGCUCACAGAAUGGGACCAGUGCAUAGCGUGUAAAAAUCAUCUGUCCUCGGUUGCAACACUCACGACCGAGUUCCAAACUGCCUCUGGAAGCAAAGUCAGCACAAGGAAUGUUCGUCGGAAGCUGCAUGAAGUGCGUUUCCAUGGCCGAGCAGCAGCACGAUUCUGUGCUUCCAACAUUGUGGCAACGGUUUCUGGAAGGACCUUUCUUGUUUCAGCAUGACAAUGUCCCCCUGCAUUGUCAAAGCAAGGUCCAUACGGAAAAGGUUUGUUGAGAUCGGUGUGGAAGAACUUGACUGGCCUGCACUGAGCCCUGACCUCAAACCAAUCGAACACCUUUGGAAUGAAUUGGAAUGCCAACUGCUUACCAGGCCUGAGUUCAGUGCCCGAACUCACCACUGCUCGUGGCUGAAUGGAAGCUGACAAAACAGGGUUGUCAAACUAUUUUCUUUAAAAAAAAAUAUUUGUCAUUUUAAACUUUAACGUCUAAAAAAGCUUAAACUCUGAUUUCCCUCAUUGUCGCAUAUUUUAUAGUUUAGACCCAUUUUAGAUAAUCUGAGGUGUUUGUUGUGUCCACCAUCAGUUGAGACAGCAUACUGUUGAAUAUAAGGGUGGGUGUCAUUUCAAUCAUAGAAAUAGAAUGGAUAUAUCCCUUCAGACCACUACAAUUGAGCUAGUACAUCGUUGAAAUAUAAUAUAAAUUGACAUUUAGAACAUCCAAUUACUACCACAAAAAUGGGUGCCUGUCCAUCCAUCGUCAAAUGUCUACUUAAAUGGAAAUGUAUAUUCUAUUAUCUUUAUUUCUAUGACUCCAACAGGUUUCCUAGAGAAGAUUGAGAAGGUGUAAUUUAAAACUGAUAUUCCCAUUCAAAUAAACAUUCUCUGAUGUGUGGACCUCCAACCAUCUUUGUGCUACCAUUUGAAAGUAAAAAUGUUUCAAUUGUAUGCCCAUUUUAGAACAUUUAUCAGCAAAAACAUGACACCCACCACCCUGUAUUGAAAGGCAUGCUGUGUCUCAACUGAUGGCGAGCACAACAAAAAUACCUCCGAUGUAAAAUAGGGUCUAACCUACAACAUAAGCAAAAUGAGAAACAGAGUGUUCAGAUAAUCUCAUAAUUAUACAAAUAUAUAUCAUUCUGAUCACUUACAUGGGAAAAAAAUAUGUAGAAAGCUUUGUGUGUGUGUGUUCUUGUGGCCCCAUCUACUGGUGUCACCAUACAAAAAUGUUUCUGUAAAGUAAAUGAAUAAAGCAGGAAUAUAUAGCAGUUUACCUACCCCAGUAGUUUUGUUCUUCUUCUUCCGCUUCUUUUCCUUCUGUGCAUCAUCUGCUUGUUGUUUGGGUUUCCUUGAAUUUGUCACCACGUCCUCUGAAGUGUUCUUUGACAAUGUGGGGACUGGUAUAGGAGCCUCCUUGGAAUGUGCAAGACCUUAUUUUAAUAUCUCAUCAUGAUGAGCUCAGCUUACAAGAAAUGACAUAUGCCUCUAUGCAAUCUUUUUUUAAAUUUUAAAAUCACCAUAUUACUGUUACCAUACUUGCCUCAAUGUCAGUAUUUUUCCUUUUCUUUUUCACUUUGCUUUCAUCAAUGCAGACAUCUCUCUCAUUUGAAUUCAACUUCAUCCUUUUGCACCCACUUCUUUUGGGAUCUGAUUCACAUGAUUUACUCUUUGCCAUGAUAGCCAACUUGUUCCUGAAACAUAAAUGCAUAGUUAGCUAGCGUCACAGUACAGUGUUAGACAAUGAGCAUACUGACAUAUCUGUCAAGGUAAAAGUCAUGACUCUCAUGACGUUUAGCUACAAUUUUACUUUGAAAACUAGCUCAUUAUUACUAACUAUGACACUUGCACUGACUAGUUAGCUAGCUAUUGUAACGUUAGCUAUCAACAGUGCUAAUUACACCACACUAAUGUUAUAAGCUUGCCAUUUAGUUUCAGCAUCUUUGACAUGCUUUAUUGCUUCAUGUUAGAAAAAAUGACAGCAGGUUACAUUCAAAAGAUGUUAAUAACUUACUAAUAAGAAUAAACUUACGGUAACAGAAUAAUUGUACUCGCGUUGACCUCAGCAGCAUGAACACCAACAUGCGUUUUGUGAAUCAGGAAGUGUGGUCGCUUAGCUUGUUGUGAUUGGUCAAAUAGUCAUUUCAGUUCGGUGAUUGGUGAUUUGAGAUUAGUUAUGUUCCUAAGUGUGCUGGGACUUGUAGUCUCAAGGUGAAUGUUCUUGCAAUUUCAAUAGAUGACGAUAGAUGACAAUAUUGUCCAACAUUUUAUGCAAGCACAGUAUAUUGCAUUUGUGAUCUUUAGCAUUUAGGAUUAUAGUAUAUAAUUCAAGGCCUCUUCGCUCUUUCUCUCCUAGACAACGGGUUUUAUUUUAUUUUUUAUUUUGCAAAGGGUCAAAUAUACAAAACGCAGUUCACUCUCGCUACAUCUUCGCCCACUGCCGGUUACUGGGCUUUCCUGUCAUCACCAUAUUUGGCCGUGAGUGGAAACGUCAGCCGGAUGCAUCACAUUUAUACAUCCGGUGAAAUAUCUUGCUCGUUGUUAUAUGUGUAACGAAAUGUUACAUGACCUGAUUCGAAUUGAGGAUUUUGCCAUGACAUGACCAUUCUACAAAAUGUCGAGAAUAGGACGUGUUUUGUCUAGUUCGUCACAAUAUUCUCUGUGUCGUAGGAUUGUGAUUGAUGGUAUCAAGACAAAGCUGAGAUUGAACCAUAUACGGACCCUCUGCUUGACCUCCCAUUGCCUGGCUAAGUCAAAGAAACCAGCAGAUGAGGAUGACGAGGAGUUUAGUCAACCCAUCAAGUUCUCUAGCAGUAAAGCCAGUCACAAGACUUGGAAUGUAGACCAGUCCCUGGGAAGCAAGUAUCAGCGGCCGUGGUGGAAAGUCCUCCCCAUCAGUCUCUUAGGGGUGAGCUUCUUGCUGUGGUGCGCACUGAGGGGCGAGACGGUUAUUGAUGAACAGCUUGAGAAGAAUCUCUAUGAACAGUUACCUGGCUUACUCUCAGAUGAAGAACAAAGCAAAUCUAGAUAAUAUUGUGCAAUUAAAAAAAUGUAUAAUUUAAGACUAUUCAUUUGAGCUAGAUUAGGCCAUGUCUAUGGCAUGCACAAUUGGUGUAUGCUUCCAGGCUGAUGAGCAAUGUUCAUAAGAUGUAUUGUAAUGUUCUGGCUAUUGUCCACCUGUGUCCAUAAGUGCAGAUGCUCAAUAGUUAUGGUCCAAAAUCCAAUUGUCAUUACAUUGUUCAUCAAGAUUAGACUAUCUAUGAUGAACAUUUAGUUGUCAGAAUGGUGUGAAGGUAACAUUGAUGCAGUUUAUACUUGACAUACAAUGGCAGGUGCCAUUACCAAGCCUCUGCAGAAUGACAUGUACACUAAGCAAAUCUGAGUGAAAUUAACCAAGUUGUUACAUUGAAUGAUGUUUUGCAGAUGCAGAAAUGUAAUUGUAGUUCAUGUAUUUGAAGAAAUGCCUUUAGUAGAGCCACUUGUUUUAACCUCUGGUUUUUUAAAUGUUCUUUAACUGAGCAUGUUUGCUUUGUAUAAGUAAUUUUGCUUGAAUUAAAAUGGCCUCAAUUUAGUCCUAAUUACCAGUUUAGGUAUACAUUUCCAUCCAAUUGGCGACAGAGGUUUGUGCAACUAUUCUAUCAUCUCAAUUUUCCCCACCAGAGGGGUUUCCAAAAUUAUUUGAGUAAAAUGCUGUGUGGUGUGGCGCACAAAGCAUUUUGGCGUUCAAGCUUCCACAUACCAAAACGUUUAGGGGGAUCCAUCACAUUUUCAACUGAUUGUUUUGUCAAACAUGCUCACUAUGGUUUUUGCGCCAAUAAUGGGAAGUGUUGGCUAUGGACAGGGUUGGGAUUACAAAAACGGCAACUAAUCCGUUACAUUACCAGCAAAAAUAUUGUAUUCAGAUUACUUUUGAAAAACUAGAUUCGUGAACUACUUUUCAAUUCAAAGGAUGUUUGCAAAAAAUACUUUUCUCAAUUAAAUUUAAAUCGGCAUCGAAAAAAGCACAUUUUAACUUGUUGCACCUGAGCGGGAAAAGAGCAGGAAUAUGCAUUUGUAGGCUACAGCCUGUUAUGUU